AUGUCACCCUCUUCAGUCCACAAGCUUCAAAAUUCUUCUUACCGGAAAGACGCUCACAAGCCUUCUGAGUAUGAAGAAAUCAAACGAGCAUAUGCAGCCGGAGACUACACUACUACUAUCAACCUUCUUACUUUGUUACUGGGUAAUACCGCAUGGGAAAAAGUGGACUUUGAGCAAGGUUAUUCGCGUGAACAUUUGAUCCUAAUGCGAGCCAUCUGUUUUCAACAACUUCGCGAAUUUGAGCACGUUUUAUCCGAUACGACCGAGGUCUUGAGGUCUUCACCGAAUAAUCAUUACCAUUUAAUUUUAGCGUUCUGGCUUCGGAGUCUAGCUCAUGAGUCUUACGAUAAAUGGGAAAAGGCUAAAAAGGAUUUGGAAGAUUUAAAAUCGUUGAUUAUCGAGAGUGGGAGAAACAUUGCGAAUGUUUCAGAGGAGGUCACUUUUUCUCUUUUGCCAUGUAUGGCACCAUUGUUUAACGUGUCAAGGAAUAACACGGUCACGAUCAAUUUGGGAUGCGUCUUGGAUCGUCUCCGUCGGGUCACCGAAUUGGUGAACAAAGAAAUUGCGCGUCUUAGUAAUAUGUCUCAAACGUUCCGUCUGAUCGACAAUGACGCAAGCGCUUUUGGUGAACUGACAAAAAAAUUUCAUUACCGUUUGUUGCUCCGACGUCCUGUGCACCCUCAUGUGCACGUUAAUAUGUGGUAUACCAUGGAUCUCAUGUUUAGCAGUGAAAUGGGCCUUUUCAAAAAGGAGGAUAUGCAAGGUAUCAAGGGCUAUGCCCUCGAGAUAAAAUUAUUAAAUAUGGAUGGCGAUGAUCAAAAAGUAAAUUUGAAAGUCGAAGUAAGACCCAUGAGCGUAGAAUCGUGCGAGUGGAGCGGUUUGGAUGUCACCGAAUGGGCUGGUGUACAGGCUGGAGGGAAAGGUGGCCUUGAAUUUCGUGUGGUGAAUGUUGAUAGUAAGGCACUUUCCAGUUCUCUUGGUCAAAAGAGAUUUUUAUAUAUUUACCCUAUCAUGAAGAUGGUGGACCAGGAAAAUGGAUUCACUCACGGCGGAUGCGAUGAAAAUGAACGCGAGCUGAGUCUUGUUCCACUUGUUGUUGGACCGAUUCAUAUAGUGAAUUGCAAUUCGCAUUUUACUUCCUGCAUCAAUCAUAAAUUGGCUAACGGAAAUAAUUAUUUGUCAACACCUGAUCCCACGUCACCCGGUGAUGAAUCAACUUUGCAAGAUUUCAAAUUUCAUUCUUCGCAAGAGACUUCUCGCAAAACGAAAUGUUCAUGGGGCAUGGAUAAUUAUUUAGUUCACAAUUACCGCGGCUUUAUUCUACCCAAUGAGAAGUAUCUACUCAUCAAGGAGUUAUGGGAUGUUGGUAUUCCCGGGAAAGUUUGGGAUUCAGCAUUUAUUGUGGUUCAAAUGUUCAAGGAUAGAAUUUUCCAGGACCCCGGGAUAUUCCGCGGCAAAAGGAUUUUGGAUUUAUCUACCGGAACAGGAUUUGCUGGGCUUUACUUGGCUUCCCUAGUAGCCGGCUUGUCCAGAUCAGGAAAUUCAGAACAUAAGUUCAAAACUAACGUGAUUUUAACCGAUUUGGAACAUGCACUGAAUCUUAUUCGUGCUAAUUAUACGCUUAAUAAGAAACUCUUUGAGUCAAACGACGAAGUGAUCAUCGAAAUUAAAUCUUUGAAAUGGGGUGAUCGGUCAAAAGCGAAGAAUCUCGGUGUUAUUGAUUACGUUAUCGCAUCAGACGUAGUUUAUGAACCUGACUUUUUUGAUUCUUUGAUUCAGACUUUCGUCACAGUCUGCACACCCGGGCGCACUAAAAUUUAUCUUGGUUAUAAAAGGAGGGGAUUAACCGUGGUGGAAGAAAAAAAAUUUUUCGCGAAAUUGCAGAAGAAGUUUAAGAUGAAUUCACUUCAAGGCUUGCCUAAUGUUGAAGAAGAGGGUCAAGUGUACAUUUAUGAAUUGUCGAGAUAG